AUGACUGCUACGCGAGAGAUUCGCUCUUCUUUCAGGUACAUACCGUCUCGCCGCCCUUCUCCAACCAGUCAUAGAUUGACUGUGCAUUCUGAACAGUGGAGCUCCAGCUUCGAUAAGCUUAUUGUCCCGCUAUGUUCUGAUGAGAGUCUAACCGUGGUACUACGAUUGGAACAAAUCAACAAGUUCAUUGAGAGGGCAGAUGGAUUCAGGGAGAAGAGCGAACAGAUUAAUAAGGAUUUCGAUAAUCUAGUCAACGAUUUCAUCUCGUUCAAAGCUCAGUUCGGUCAGUGGGGUAAGGAUAAGCAGGGGGAACUGAGACAGGAUAUAGAGGACUUACUCGCAGACAUCAGCGAUCUGAAUGACAAGUUGGCCCAGCUCCGUAUAUGGCUAUUGGCACUCGGUGUUGGCCCGGGAUCCGGGCUGGCAGCAGCUGGUAUUGGACUUGCCUUGUCGGGGCCUGUUGCUCCAUUUAUCUUGAUCGGUGGUCUUAUUUUCGCCGGAGCCACGGCUGCUGCAGUGGCCGGCAUCGCCAUUUCAAUGGGCAUAAUACAAAAUGAGAUUGAUGGGAGAAACCAGCAGAUCAAGGAUAAAAAUGCCGAGAUCGAUGCUAUUGAUCAAGCUCGAACUGGCUUGGAGACCUUGGGCGAUGAGCAGUUCACUGUGUUCCAGCAGAACGUCAAGGUCAUCCAAACCUACUGGAACGCAGUGCAGGCCGAUGCAGUAGAGAUCAAAGGUUGGCUGCAAGACGGAGCUAAUCUGGCGAGUGCACCCACCUAUAUGCAGGAUUCGCUCAACGAGGCCGUGUCUAUUUACGCAUCUUUGGGCAAGUAUAUGGAUGCAUAUGCAAAGGGAAUCUCAAUUUGA